AUGCCAGAAGUGGCGGCUGAGCUUCUCAGCAAGGAGCUCAUUGAACGGGACAAGGAUUGGGGAGAUCACAAUGGCUACACUGCCCUUUCGGAAGCGGCCAUGGCCGGCCACACGGUGGUCGUUGGACAGUUGCUACGGGCAGAUGCAGAUCCCAACCUGCAGGCGGCUGAUGGCCGGAGUGCCUUGCACCGUGCAGCCUUCCAUGGGUGGAUCCCCAUCGUGCGCUUGUUGCUGCAGCAUGGUGCUGAUCCGGAGCUGGGAGACGUCGAUGGCCGACGGCCGAUGGAGAUGACAAAGAAGGAAUCGGUGCUUGAGGUGCUCGGAGCCGGUGCUGAAGAGCACAAGGAGAUCAUCGAACAGAAGCGAAAAGAACGAGCUGAAAAUCCCAGAGAGCCAAAGAAGGAGAGCGUCGAAAUUCAGUAUCCUCCAAAGAGAAAUGGACCAGUCACAAGACGAUUGGUCCCAGAAAAGAAUGGCUCAGAUCAGGUGAAGCCAGAAGAGAAGGAUGAGAAGUUCUUGGAACUUCAUUCCUCCUUGGACAUCGUUACACGCCCAGAUGACUUUGCCAACGGCCGAGGUGACCGGGCUGGUUAUCGCGAAGAACCAGGGGUUCGCUUGCAACAAGGCAGCCUCAUUGUCGAAACCUCCGAUGGGCUUUUCGCCAGUGAUGAGGUGGACCAAAAGUCAGGACCCAGCCCUGAAGAACAAGCUGAAGCCUGGCUUCAAGACGUUGGCGAUCUUUUUGUGGCACCCAACCUGGAGGCCGUGAUGAAAGCCAAAUCUGAGGAUACCGACACAGCUUUACGCCAAAACCCUUCAAACUUCAAGGCCAGCUUCCGACGGGCCAAAGCCCUCUUCGAGCUGGGUGACUUGGAGCAGGCGAUGGCCGACGUGACGAAAGUGGUGGACCAUUACGCUCGGAACACUCAAGUCUCCAACCCGGAAGCGGUGGCGCUGCGCGCGGCGAUUCAGCUUGAGCUCAAAAAGGAACGCGCCAAAUGGGGUGAGAAAGGCGGCCCACGAUGGAACCGGGCCGCAAAAGAGUGUGAGCCACUCAUCUCUGAAGUGGGUCCUGAAUAUGCUGCGUGA